CGUCCGUAACAUCGGGUUAGCCUUGAUCUAGCUGAUCAUGCCCCUGUGUAACUAUGACAAGUCUUGAGCGAUAUUAAAUCGUGGCUGGCUGUCGUGAGUAAACGGGCUUGAGGAUGAGACCUCUACCCAAGGCCGUCCGCACUCGCUCAACUUAAGAUUUCUCAACUCCGCCCUGUUCAACCGGGCGUUGGUCAACUCAAUACCUCUCGACCCACGAUCCUAAGCAUCGCACUCGAUAGACCCCCCAUACCAUGGCAGUCUCGAUGCCUCCUAUCACAGGAGCAGUAGCGGCGGCGGUGGUGACGAUUAUGGUGUUUCUCUCCUACGGGCUCCGACGAGUUGGGCGGCGACCGAAAGGAUUCCCUCCCGGGCCCCCGACACUGCCUCUGAUAGGAAACAUCCAUCAGAUCCCUAGUGAAAGGCCCCAUUUGCAGUUUCAGAAAUGGGCACAGGAGUAUGGCCCGAUAUACUCGCUCAUUCUGGGCACACGGGUCGUCGUAGUCCUCUCAUCCGAUGCGGCGGUCAAGGAUCUGUUGGAUAAGCGCAGCAACAUUUACUCCUCGAGAGAGGGCUUUUACCUGGCAAGGGUCCUUAGCGGCGGGUAUAGGAUGGUGCUCAUGGAAUACGGCGAGACGUGGCGCAUGGUCCGCAAGCUCGUACAUAAUAGUCUCAAUAUCGUAUCAUCUCGAGCCUACGUCCCGUACCAAGACCUUGAGAACAAGGCGAUGCUUUUGGGGUUCCUCAAGGACCCUUCUCAGUUCUUCGGCCACAUUCGGAGAUACACGAACUCUCUGUCCACGCAGAUGCUGUUUGGAUUCCGCACCACUAGGAAUGACGAUCCGAAACUCUUGCAACUCUACCAUGGGUUCGAUAAAUUUAGCGAGGCCGCUGCGUCGCAACCCGCAGCCAUGCUUGAUAUUUUCCCCAUACUGAGGCAUCUUCCAGAUGCUCUCGUGCCUAUGAAGAGGCGUGCGAGGGAGUUUCACCGGCAGGAGCUAGACCUAUACAAGGGACACUACUUAGAGACGCGAAGGAAGAUUCGGCAGGGCAUAGCCAAGCCGUGCUUUUGCGUCGACCUCGUUCGGGCGCAAGAAGAACAGCACUUCUCCGACGAUAUUGCUUGCUACGUCAGCGGGACGCUCCUGGAGGCCGGGUCAGAUACGACGGCAGCUACUUUAAUAGGCUUCGUUCAGGCCAUGGUCAUUUUCCCAGAGGUGUCCAAAGCUGCGCAGGCCGAAAUUGAUCGGGUAUGCGGAGACCGCCUCCCAGAUCUGAACGACGUCCCCGAUCUCCCGUAUAUCCGGGGAUGCGUAAAGGAGAGUCUACGCUGGAUGCCGACGGCUAUCAUGGGCAUACCGCAUGCGGUUACUCGCGACGACGAAUACAUGGGGUACAAGAUCCCGAAAGGUGCUGAGGUCAUGUAUAAUGUCUGGGCGAUUCACAACGACCCGAAGCGGCACCCGGAUCCGCGACGGUUCGAUCCGACCCGCUGGGCCAACGACAGCCAAACCUCGCAAGAAGCGGCCACCAACCCAGAUGUGUCUAAGCGUGACCAUUUCACGUUCGGCGCCGGGCGUCGUCUGUGCCAGGGUAUGCAUAUCGCGGACCGGUCUCUCUUCCUAGCCAUAUCACGGCUGCUCUGGGCCUUCGACUUCGGGAAGGCCGUCGAUAAGACAAGCGGGAAGGAGAUCACCCCCGACACGAAUGCCUUAUCACGAGGCAUGCUCGUCACGCCGGAGCCGUUCGAGGCUAACAUCAAGCCGAGGAGCGCGCGGAAGGCCGACCAGAUACGAGAGGAGUGGAGGAAGGCGACGGCGCUGCUUGAUAGGGAGAUGCAGUGGGAAAACGUGCCGGAAGGUCUGAUCUGGAGGGACUACGAGCCAGCGGAACAUGCGGCGGCAAGGUGAUCGGGGCCACACGUUGGCGGGCGGAAUCGAAGCUGACUACUCCUCACCAACCUAUAGUUAUCAGCUCGACGGGUCGCAUGGAUAACGGGAGGCUGCUGGUUGGCGUGACGCCGCGUUCGAUAGCUAUCUGCGCACGUAGGUGUUUGGUGGUGGCUUAUGGAAUUAUGUGAGAUCUCCACGGCACCUGCGCAUAGGAAGAAGCCCGCGGGUAGGGAUGAAGACGUGUCAGGACGAAGAUGUGUAAGAUGUGUAGUGGGUGAAAAGGGGUGGGUGGAACUGGAAGGGAUUCACUCCUCUCGAUGUGCAUAGCUUAAUUGGGUACCUGGGUACCUACUUACGGGUGUGCCACCUUCCAACUCCUUUCGGUGCUUCCCACUGCUACUGACGUCAUUGGCCAUAAACUAGGCACCUAAGGUACUCAUAGGCAGGCACAGGUAUUCCAUCUGCUUACGUGGGUAGUAUAAAUGGUCCG